AUGAAUUCGAAUCCGAGUGGUGUUGGUAAUGGUCCAAGUGCAGGUGUGGGUGCGGGUUCACGUUCAACAACAACGAAUCGUUUAUUACGUUCAACUACAACACUUGGUUCACAUUAUCAAAUAGGACGUAUUCUAGGCUCGGGUAACUUUGGUGAAAUUCAUUUAGGUCGUAAUACUGAAACACAUGAACAUGUUGCAAUCAAAUUAGAACAAACGUCAACGCGUACACCACAAUUAUCACAUGAAUAUCGUUUUUAUUCGAUGUUAGGCAAGCACGAUGGAGUUCCACUAGUACACUUUUAUGGUCAAGCUGGUCCAUGUAAUGCACUUGUCAUGGAAUUAUUGGGACCAUCAUUAGAAGAUCUAUUUGAUUUAUGUUCAAGACGCUUCGCAUUAAAAACAGUUUUAAUGAUUGCAUUGCAAUUAUUAGAUAGAAUUGAAUAUGUGCACUCGAAAAGUUUGAUCUAUCGAGAUAUUAAACCAGAGAACUUCCUAAUUGGACGUGGUAGUACAAAUCGACAACAUAUUAUACAUAUUGUGGAUUUUGGUUUAGCUAAAGAAUAUCGAACAGGCGAUGGAAUACAUAUACCAUAUCGUGAACAUAAAAGUUUAACUGGUCGAGAACAAAGUCGUCGAGAUGAUUUAGAAGCAUUGGGUUAUAUGUUUAUGUAUUUCUUGCGGGGUAGUCUACCGUGGCAAGGCUUAAAAGCAGACACAUUAAAAGAACGUUAUCAAAAAAUUGGCGAUACAAAACGCUUUACUACGAAUGAAAUGCUAUGUGAAGGGUAUCCUCGUCAAUUCUUAAUUUAUAUACGAACUGUACGUCAAAUGGAAUUUUCUCAGGAACCUGAUUACGAUGGAUUACGUCGUUUAUUUCAUAAUGCACUCAAUGAAAAUAAUCUCGUUAAUGAUGGGGAUUUCGAUUGGGUUAAACGUUUACAAGAACAUCGAUUAAAUCGUAGUAAAACGACAACAACAGCAACGAAUACAACUAUUGCUGGUACAACUCUAACGAAUGUUCCAACAGUACUAUCAACUGGUAUAACUACUGGUAAUACGAAUAAAAAUACAAAUACACUAACAAAUCCAUCAGCAUCAACUAUACAAACUUCAACAGCCCGUCAUAAUAGUACUACUACUACUACUAAUAAUAAUAAUAAUGAAUCUCGUAAUCGUUCAACAACAGUGCAACGCAGUACAUAUAAUCGUCAAUUACCAUUAAGUUCAACAAAUCGUUCCACAAAUCCAACCACAGCAACAUUGAAUGGAGGUUCAAAAACAACUUUAUCAAUGGCAAGUACAAAUAAAGUUCAAUUGACACUUCCAUCAUCAUCAUCAUCGCGAACAGCAACAGAAAAUCAUCGGCCAGGACCACCACCAACAAAACGUCGUGGUUUAGUACCACCACCUCCACCAUUACCUUAUUAUUCCUAUCACCAUACACAUCAACAACAGCAACCAGCUAAUGUAAAUAAUUCUAAUAAUACACAUAUAAGUAAAGAACAGCAUUCAUCUAUAAUUGGUCCUCCAUCAGAACCUACAUGUUGUUUUUUUAAACGUAAAGCUAAACGCGCUUUACAAAUAACAUCUACUACACCUCGAAGAACCUAG